AUGGAAUCAAAUGAUGAACUAGAAUCAAAUGUUGAAAUCAAACAAGAUGGACAUAAACUUCGUUUAGUAAAUAAGCAUAUUGAAGAUUUAGUCAAUAAACAUUUAACCAAUGAAGAAUCAAAUUCUAAGUCAUUAAAUACAGUGAAUGUUAUUAAUAAACAUGAUGAAUUUAUUCAUUUUGAAUCAGAUGAAGUUAAUGGAAAAGAUGUUGCUAUUGAAAAUCUCGAACAUUGUGAAAUAUUUCUCAAAGGUAUUCCAUCAACAUUACAAAUAAAAAAUCUUCAUGGUUGUAUAAUAAUUGUUGGCCCUUGUUCAAGAUCAGUUAAUAUUGAUGAAUGUCAUCAAUGUGAAUUUGCUUUAGCUUGUCAACAAUUAAAUAUACAUACAAGUGAUGAAUGUGAUUUCUAUGUUCAUAUAACUGCCCAACCGAUUAUUGAAGGUUGCCAUCAUUGUCGAUUUGCUCCAUAUAAUGUUGAAUAUAAAUCUAAACAAAAAGAUAUUGUUCAAAGUGGUCUUACAUGGGCUAUUGAUUAUUGGAAUAAUGUUUUAGAUUUUAAUCAUAAAAUUCCAGGUGUUCAUUCACCAAAUUGGGAAACAAUUGAAGAAGAAGAACGAAAAGGAUGGUCACUUGAUCUACAUCCAGCACCUAUGAUAUGA